AUGAAUAGCUUUGGCGCCGGCAACACGUAUGCUCCUCGCACGGAAACGCCGUCGAUGGGCCUGCCAGGCUUCAUGCCACCACCACAGAGUGGGCUGAAUACGAACCAAUUGCCCGCAUACGGAUCUUACCAGAGCUCCAAGGCUUCAUGGGAGGCGCAAGAGAAACAUUCCCCGACAGAAUCCGUGGAUGAUAUCCUGGCAUCGCCGAACCUGUCCGAGUACUCGCUGGAGAACGGAGCCGAUUCCGCCUAUACCGGACGACGAUCCAAGCCAAAUAAUGCCAACGCGAACGCCAACCCUAGGAGCCGGCCCCAGCGUCGUCCCUCUAACCGUGAUGAAUUUGACGGGCCUCAUCAAUUUCUUCAGCGCCCUCCUCCAGAGGUCAUUGCCAUGCAGGAGCGGGAGCUGCCUCAUCUUCCGACAAACCUCCAUGUGCAGGAGCAAGACAUGGUGCUGGGCCAGGUCAACGAUCGCUUAUCACAAUGCGCCUACGACUUUGUCGCCAAAUACCAGUUCCCUAUUCCUCUGUCGCAGAACAUGCGACCGGUCGAACGGCCGCAGGAUCGAGAAUGGACCGAGUGGGUUUAUCUGCUUAAGAGACUCGCAACUAAGCGACGGAUUCCUGCUCGCGUCUUGUAUAAUGGUCAAAUUAAGCAGUUUGUGACCAUAUUGGAAAAUUCCCUGGAAAUGAGACACGCCUCGAAACACCAAAGCCGACCACUCAAGGACGACAGGAACAUUCUGCAGCUCAUUUCAGCGGGCAUUCAAGUUGCCAAGAUACUGCGAGAUGCAUCGGCAAUGGACUAUCUUGACCGUCUGUACAUUUCGACCGAGAAGCAGAUCCAGGAACGUACUGCGUCGAGGUUUCGACCUUAG